AUGUCAUCGACAAAAACAAUUAUCUCGAUCUCCGUCGUCAUCGCAGCCGUAUAUCUUCUCAAAAUCUUUGCAUUUCCCGCCGUGGAGCCAUUAGUCUACUACCACUACUGCUCUCCAGCAAAGUACUUUCACGGACCGUCUUCCAAGUCAAAUAUCGACUCGCUACUCAACUUGUUCGUAAACUCGGCUUCUAUCUACACAUACAACAAUCUCACCGUUAACGGAGUAUACGGAUUGUACCAGUGCCGGGGUGAUGUCUCCUCAAGUGAUUGCGUUAGUUGUAUCGCGCAAGCUGUUCGCCUGCUCCAAAGUGACAGCUUAGGCGAGAGCGGCUGCGCAUUACAGCUCGAAGGCUGUUUAGUGAAGUACGACAGCGUUAUGUUCUUAGGCAUGGCCGAUAAGAUGGCCAUGGUUAUGAGUUGCGGGAAACCGGCUGGGUAUAGGUAUAAGUCCGACGAGUUGACUCAGGCUAAGGUGUUGGUGGAUGUGGUUACAAGUUGUGGCACAUCUUACAGACUGGAGAGGUCAGGGCAAGCACAAGCUGUAGCGCAGUGCACCGGAGAUCUUAGUGCAACCGAUUGUCAAAACUGUUUGAUUGAAGCUAUCCAACGGCUGAAACUGCAACCGUUUUGCGGAACAAGUACUUGGGGUGACGUCUACUUAGCCAAAUGCUACGUUGGUUACUCGUCACGUGGAGCCAUCGGCCAAGAGUUCAAGAAAGGGAUUCGGGCUAAGCACGUGGCGACCCAAAGAAAUUCAUUAUACCUGAAGGCAACAAGUUUAUUUUAUCUAAUAAAAUCAUUAUUAAAA